AAAUUAACGACAUUAAAUUAAAAACAGAUUUCAAGUCCGUGUUCUUUCUCUAUGCUCUCUCAAGCACACUCUCCCGCGAUCCCAACCAAAUAUACUCACAAAAAUUCACGUGCUUAAUCAUAAUUUUAUCUCUUAUUCCCAUCUCCAUUUCUCCCAUUAAUCCCUCUAAAUCUCAAUUUCUCCCUUCAAAUUUCAAUCUGAAUUCGAAAUAUUGAAAAACAACUGUUGUCCCUUUUGGUAUCUUAUAUUUUAUUCUCUUUUUGCUUGGAGUACGAUAAAUUUGUUGGAAAGCAUCGUCCUUUUUCAUAUUGGAGCUGCUCGGAGUAAGACUGUGGAAGAGUUUGGUUGGGUUUUAUUGAUCUCAAAGCCGACCAGAAUUGAACUUUUGGUUCAAAUUUGAAGAAUUUCGCUGAAAUAAUUGGCUUUCGAUCCUCAGAAUGGGAGGGGGUUUGACGGGCAAGAGCAUUUUCAUAGACUUUUCUUAAGAUUGAUUUUGAAGGAUCUUCAUGGACUAUGGGCUUUCUGAUAGCAGUGGAACAGAUGAUGACCUCCCUCCUUCACAUCAGAACAGGUUUCAAAGAGGGGGUCGUACUGCUGCCGGGAAUGGAAGAUCAGCAGUUAUAGGCUCUGCUCCUUUGCCUAGAAUGCAUGGUGACAUGGAAACACAAAUCCAUCUCAUUGAGCAGGAAGCAUACUGUUCGAUCUUGCGGGCCUUCAAAGCUCAAUCUGAUGCUUUAACUUGGGAGAAGGAAAGUUUAAUUACUGAACUAAGAAAGGAGUUGAGAGUAUCAGAUGAGGAACAUAGGGAGCUUCUAUUGAGGGUUAAUGCUGAUGACAUGCUUCGGAGGAUAAGGGAAUGGAGAACGGCAAGUGGCCUCCAGCCUGGAAUGCUUAGUACAAGUCAGCCUAUGCUUGACCCUGUACCUAGUCCUUCAGUAUCAGGAUCAUGCAAGAAAAUGAAAACAUCACAUUCAGUAGCUUCAUUAUCCAUGGGUGCACCAUCUCCUGCAUUGCAUCCAUCUAUGCAACCAUCUUCAUCAGCCUCAAGACGAGGUCCUAUGCCAGGAGCAAAGAGCAAGAAGUCAAAAUCUUUGAUGCAGCAUCCUUCCAGAGGCCUUCCUGGAAAGCCCCAGGCUCCUAAUCGUACCUCAACAGGAGCAUUUGCUGCAAAUGUACGUGCUGAAGCUGCACCAUAUGAUCCAUUAAUUGGAAGGAAAGUUUGGACAAGGUGGCCUGAAGACAAUCAUUUCUAUGAGGCUGUUAUAACAGACUAUAACUCAGUUGAGGGGCGGCAUGCUUUGGUUUAUGAUAUAAAUACUGCAGAUGAAACCUGGGAAUGGGUCAAUCUCAAAGAGAUAUCUCCUGAAGAUAUUAGAUGGGAAGGUGAUGAUCCUGGAAUAUCCCGUAGAGGUGGCCACCCUGGUCCAGGCCGUGGGAUUAAGAAGUCCAUGGCUUGCAGUGGUGGGGUGGCUGGAGCUGGAAGAGGUAGGGGGAGUUUAAAGGGUCAGGCUAAAAAAGAUUUUCCUUUGAUGCAAAAUGGUGUUGGAAAAAAGGUUUUGGCGGAUAUUGAGAUACUUCAUACAGAUACUCUAAUUAAGGAGGUGGGAAAAGUUUUUGGUGCAAGCCACCCUGAUUCCAUAGAAAUUGAGAAAGCAAAGAAAGUGCUGAAAGAGCAUGAACAAGCCCUAGUUGAUGCAAUUGCGAGACUUGAAGGUGCAUCUGACGGUGAAAGUGCAGAUGGAGAGCAUCCGUUCUCACAAGGACAGUCAAUGGAUCAAGAAAGAGCAUGGAGAAAACGGCAGUACAAUGAUGAGAUGGGUGAGGGUAGAAUAAUUGAAGGGUCUGAUGGCGCAAUCAAAUGACGAGCGUAGGUUCUGGGUAGCGAAUAACCAGCUUAGUAUAUCCGGUAUAAAUAGCUGUAGCCGUGGCCUUAGCAGUGACUGAAUGAAGAACUUUUUGUAAUGGCCAUUUCUUUGGUUCCUAAUCUUAGCAGGGUAUUGUAACUUUAAUCUAAACGUAGUCUAGGUAAAUGCUUUGUAUAAAGUUUUAAAAUAUAUUACUGGUGAUAUCCCUGAGUGCUGACUAUGUAAAAAGUUUAUUAUAUUCAUUUUGUUUGCAGCCAAGUUCAGUGGAA